AUGGAGUCGAAAAAAUUGGAAAUAAUGACAGCGGCUAUCAAAGAGAAUUCGAAGAAGGACACCGUGCGAAGAAGCAGUGUUUCUACCAAGUCGAUCAUGCAGAGCAUCGUGACUAUACUCGAGGACGGGAAGGACGACCAUUCCAUGGAUCAGGACCAGGGGAAGAAUAUUCUGGGGCCUUGGAUCAAUGGUACCCUCUGCGCUUCAGAUAACGAUGAAAUACCCUUGUUGACAAUGUGGGACGCCCCCAAACACAAGGGUUGGAGCACCGAAGAGACCAUCUACUGCAUUGAUGACUCCUGGUGGCAACAGUCUCUUCCGCACGAGGACGACUGCGACGACUACGCUGCUCUAUCAUGGCUUAAAGAAGAGGAGCAGACAGAGAACGCCUUUAGGUCCCUUGUCCCGUUCCAGCCACUGACCGCCACGGCAGGUCGAAAGCCAGCGUACUGCCAGCAGAUGUGCGGGAGGCUGUCCGCGACGAGAGAGGGGGUACUUUUCUUUCCGUCCAGUGCAUGGAAACGGCAAACUCAGCGGACGGUCUAUGAGACUCCAGUGUCUGCGAACGCGUUAGGUGAAGAAGCCUUGGAACGGCUGAAUAAAGCUAAACGGUAUAUGUCCUAUUCAAAGACCGGGGUUCCGAGAUUCCUAUUCAGAGGAUUCCACCCAAAGUCCGGCGGGGGGAAGGAUUGCAGGCUGAACGGUAUGGGAGGGGUGAUACCUCACGGGUUCCUUGGCGGGAAAGAACCAACCAGCAUGUGGGACAUUCCUGAUCUCUCUGAGAUGGUCAGCAAACACCUGGGGUUUUCAAGCAGUAUCAUUUCGGACUUCAGCUCGUGGACCCAUGUCCUCGACACAGCUCUCGAUUUCGCCGAGCACGAACAUGGAUCUAUGAUCGCAGUUCUAGAUACCACCUCUAUGGCGGACCACGUCUGGUUUUCCAGGGACCUUUUUGAGUCAGGAUUGGCCGACCAGUGGUUUGCAGAUGAGUAUCUGGUCUACGGGCCCGUCAGCGGUCUGAAGUAUCAUUGCGUGUCGCCCCAGACCCUAUACGAUUCGACCAAGAUCUCGGACAUCACCUGUGGAUACAUAUUCGCUUUUGAUGAGGACCUCUCUCAAACAUUGGUCGAGCGUCGUGCGGUCGAGGCCGCCAGGGAAAUCGCUGCUGUCCUACAGCCUUCCAGCACUAGCACCGAGAGCCUCGUGAUAUUGACCGCGAAGUUCGUCGGUCAUCGCGUUGCUGAGAACUGCAACAAGAAGACCAUGCACUGUGUAGACAUAGAAACGUUUCUAUACUACACUAGAGAUUACAUCCAGACUCUUGCGAUGCGCACAGGGGUCGACGCUAUUUCACUUGUUGACGACUCAAUGGACACAAGCUAUUGGCGGGGCUUGGUCUUCGAGGUCCAGCUCCUGCAGGCCCUGGAGAAUGCAGUGCACUCUCUGGCGCUGGAGGUCAGGGCGACUUUUUCGAGGGUGUGCGCGAGUACAUAUCAAGACCGGCUGGAAGAUGUGGCAAAUGAGAUGGAGAAUUCAUAUUGA